GCAAUUUUUCCGGGUCGUUUAAAUCGAGAAUCGAAAAUUUCACAGUUUUAUUUUUAAUCUCGAAUUACAUCUUAAACAACUAUGACUAUAAACAAUAAUAAACAUUGAAUUUUGCAUAUGACUUACGUAAAUCACAUAGUUAUUAAUAUUAUUCUAUAUUAUAAAUAAUACAACUUAUACCUUAUAUUUUAUUUUCUUGUUAGUUACUCCUUUUUCUUCUUGUAUAUAUUUUCAACUUUAGUGGUUACCACCAUAGUACCAAUCCUUUAUCCACCCACCACAUUAAUUAUUAUUAUCAUAUAAAUAGUAUAUUACAUCCAUUGGUAAAAAUAAGUCUUACGCAUAUUAUAUAAAAAAGUCAUCAAUUCUUCUCAUCAUGGAAGAUAUUCCCUAUCUCGAUGAAGAUUUAGCUAUUGGUAAACUAUUCAAAUUACCAUUGGAAUUAAUCAAUCAUACAUUAUCAUUUCUUCCUGCUCAAGAAUUAUCGAGAUUAUUCGAACUAGAUAAACUCGUCAAUGAAGAUAAUAAUCAUACUUCCUAUAAUUUAAUUCGAAAUAUUGGUCUUUAUCAAUAUUUUAAUCAUAAAGAAAUUAUCAUUACCAAUAAUUCAUCCUCAGUAUUCUAUGAUAAUGUUAAAUCAUUAUUAUUAAAUAUAAAUCAGUUAAAUUAUCUUAUUAAACAUAAAAUAUUCAUCAGUCCAAGGAUUAUCUCAUUUAUAUUGUUUAAUGAAAAUGUUCCAUCCAAACCAUAUUCGGAAGAUAAUUUAUUACUCAUUGAUUUAAAUUAUUUUAAAUUAAUUAAUUCAAAUUUUAAUAUUCAAAUGAUCUUUGUAAAAAAAUUUAAUAUCUUUAAUCAAAUCUUAUUAGAUAAUUUCUUUAAUAAUUAUUUCAAUUUAUUCCAACAACGAUUAAAUUGGUUCAGUAUAAAAGAUCAUGUUGAUGUUCAUUUCGAUAAUCUUUAUAGUUUUAAUGAUUUGAUUAAUAUUGAGAAUUUACAAUUACAUAUGUUCAACAGUCAGAAAUUAAUCAAUCAUUUAUCAAUCCCCUUACCUUCUACUGAUAAUAGUAUUAGUCCUAAUUUUUGUGUAUUAUGUUCCAAUUUAAAAUCAUUGGAUUUAUCAUAUAAUACCUUAAAUGAUUUAUCUCAAAUAAAUUUCCCUCCUUCAUUAAAUUAUUUAAAUUUAUCAAAUAAUAAUCUUAUUAAUUUGAAUAAUUCAAAUUUCAAUUGGAAGAAUUUAACUAAUUUAAAACAUUUAAAUUUAACUAAUAAUACCCUUGUUAAUUUAAAUUUAUUUGAUUCAACCAAUGAAACAAACAUUCCCACAUAUGCUCUUGAGAAAAUUGAUCUUUCAGGAAAUAAUCUUAUCAAUUUAAAAUUCCUUUCCCCUUCCGAAUACUGUUCAUUAUUCCAAAAUUUAAAAACCAUAGAUUUAUCAAGAAAUCUUAUUACAAAUCUAAUUAAAUUCCCAACAUCAUUAACUAAUAUCAAAUUAACCGGGAAUUACCUCACAUCAUUAAAUUAUAAUUUCAACCCUCUUGAAAUCUUUCCCGAAACUAUCCAUACUUUGGAUUUAUCUUAUUGUAAAUUGAAUAAUAUUAAUGAUCUUGAAUUUAAUUUACAAAGAAGAUUAUCUCAUUUACGCAAUUUAAAUGUCGAAGGUAAUAUCAUCCAAUAUAAUAAAAUGUAAUCAUCAUUGUUCAUUAUAUACUUCAUAUCCUCUCUUUUAUAACUAGCCUCCUUUUUAUAGAUAAUAUAGAUUAUUAAUAUAAAACUUAAAUGUACUUUGCUAUAAUUUUGCAUCCGCCGUAUAGCGCU